AUGGCACACGGCUCUAGCAGAGGCUCCUAUUCAUGUGCCUGCUUCUACACUGACAAUAUAUUCAUACAUGAAUACCAAAUGCAUGUCAGCUUCACAGAUGAGGAGCAGUUUGCCCAGGAAUAUCACAAGGCAUUGCAGAGCCGGGGAUGUGGUACUCCUGAGAAGCUUGCACAAGUUCUGGAAACGGUAAAGAAAGAAGUGGAAAGAAGAAAGAAAUUAGCUGAGGAGUCUAUGCAAAGAAAAUCAGAAAUUUCACUCCAUUAUAAACCAAUGCAUCCAGAGUUGUAUGUCUUACAGGAGUCCUUUCUGGCUGCAGACUUUUUGGAAGCUGUCCAUUUUUGCCAGUCUCCCCAUGCUAGUCUGGAUGGUCUGUUAAAGCUCCUUGAUUCCAUUCCAGGUAAAAGGAUAUAUCGACUUCCUGUAUUUGAUACACAGUUUUGUAAGGACUUUGUGGAAGAGCUUGAACAUUUUGAAAGAUCACCACUAGCAAAAGGACGCCCAAACACUAUGAAUAAUUAUGGGGUCCUUCUGAAUGAACUUGGCUUAGAUGAUUCGUUCAUCACUCCCUUGCGUGAGAAAUACCUCCGACCUUUGGUUUCUGUCUUAUAUCCAGACUGGGGAGGCAGCUGCCUGGACAGCCACAAAGCCUUUGUAGUACAGUACUCUCUGGAUAAAGACUUGGAUCUCAGCUGCCACUAUGACAACUCUGAAGUUACUCUGAAUGUUUCCCUGGGGAAAGAGUUCACUGAUGGAAACCUUUAUUUUUCUGAAAUGAGAGAGGUUCCAGUUAAUGAAAGAAGAUAUACAGAAGUUGAGCAUCUUCUUGGUCAGGGAAUUUUGCACAGGGGGCAGCAGAUUCAUGGAGCCCUCCCGAUUACUUCAGGAGAACGGUGGAAUCUUAUUUUAUGGAUGAGAGCUUCAUCAGUACGUAACAAACUUUGUCCCAUGUGUGACAAGGAGCCAACGCUUAUAGAGACUGUUGGACAAGGAGAUGGAUUUACGGUGCCAGAAAAAGAAAUCAGGGCAGAAACUGUAGAUGUGUGUGCUGUAUUGUAA